GAGUGCGACCGGUCGCCCGCUGAGCCGCUGCCGCCGCUGCCGCCGCCUGUGGGUCAGAGUGGCGGGCCGGGGCGGCACCUGUACCGCGGGAAGCGCGAUGCCUUGAACCUGGGGUGAGAAACUAUGUGAAGCAACACUCUUUCUGGAUUUCAAAAGACAUCAUUUCAUCAUGGGACAGCAAAUUUCGGAUCAGACGCAGUUGGUUCUUAACAAGUUACCAGAAAAAGUAGCAAAACACGCCAUAUUGGUUCGAGAAAGUGGCUCCUUAACUUAUGAAGAAUUUCUUGGGAGAGUAGCUGAACUUAAUGAUGUAACUGCUAAAGUGGCUUCUGGCCAGCAAAAACAUCUUCUCUUUGAGGUACAGCCUGGGUCUGAUUCCUCUGCCUUUUGGAAGGUGGUUGUACGGGUGAUCUGUACCAAGAUUAACAAAGGCAGUGGCAUUGUGGAAGCAUCACGGAUCAUGAAUUUGUACCAGUUUCUUCAGCUUUAUAAAGACAUCACAAGUCAGGCAGCAGGAGUUUUGGCACAGAGCUCCACCUCUGAAGACCCUGAUGAAAACGCAUCAUCUGUGACAUCUUGUCAGGCUAGUGUUUGGAUGGGAAGGGUGAAGCAGCUGACUGAUGAGGAGGAGUGUUGUAUCUGUAUGGAUGGUCGAGCUGACCACAUCUUGCCUUGUGCUCACAGCUUUUGUCAGAAGUGCAUUGAUAAAUGGAGUGAUCGACACAGGAAUUGCCCUAUUUGUCGCCUGCAGAUGACGGGAGCAAAUGAGUCUUGGGUAGUGUCAGAUGCACCCACCGAAGACGAUAUGGCUAACUAUAUUCUUAACAUGGCCGAUGAGGCGGGCCAGCCGCAUCAUCCCUGACCCUGGGGUGAAGUGUUCCGCUGCUGUUGUGGGCUCCAAACACUGUGGUCAUGGGGAAGAAUGCAGGGGUGUGUGGCACAGGCACAGAGAACUCAAUUUUCCCCACCCUCUUAUUUUCCCUUUUCUGACAAUUUGUCCCAUUUCUUUUGAUAAACUUUUCAUGUCUUCCAUUUAUGGUAAACUAAAAUUUGCUACAGUUUUAGACCAUGUUUUCCUAUUACUUACCUGUUCUAAUAUGCUAUAUUAGAACUAAUUGCUCUUGAAUCCUUUGCUGAGGUAACAGCAACAUUUCCAGAGGCUUCUAAAGCACUACUAUUUUUCAGGGUAGGAGUAUUCUGGAAUCUAUUUAGUUAGGUUUAAAAUAAACCGUGAAUGUUAAAAAGUUGUAGCCACUGAGAGGAAAUUUUAAAUAACUGAAAAUGUAGAAUAUAUCAAAGUGCAUGUUACUACUUAAAUUAGCCUUUCUGCUGGAACCUAAGGAGUAUGUAUGCCCCCUUGUGGUUAAUUAUUGCUUCUUUAAUAAUUUUUACUUGAAAUAAUUCACGGUUAUUUCCUAACUUUAGUCAUGUUUUGGAACUAUGUUUUUUACUUAAAAGCCUUUUAUUCCCUAUGCUGUAUAAUUUGGGUGAAGACUAUAAAGUUGGGCAUGAUCUUCUUGACUGUUCUAGAAAUAUUUUCCCACAGCUGGGGAACUAUUCUAAAUAGCUUUGAUAAUGCUCAUGUGUCUUGGAGUUUCAGAAGAAAACUUUCAUCACAGAUCCUAAAUUUUAUAUGUCCAAAUUAUGAAAAAUCAUUCAAUAUUGGUUUAUGGUGCUUUUAUUUUCUUAACUUGAAAGCAUCUUUCUGAGGCCAAGUCCACAAACUUCUUAAAUUAAGAGAGAAGAAAAUAGGAUGUAGCCUUUUAACUCUAUGUACAUAAAAACACCUCUGAAUAUUAGAAGAUAAUUUGGCUUUCUUACUGUUUCAUUUUACUUCAUUUGAAAGAGUAUAGUCAAAUAGAAUUAUAAUGUUCAGUGUCACUUCAACCAUCUUUUUAAAAAUGUUUGCAUAUAAAGUAAAAUUUCUGUUUUAUGUUAAACAUUUUUAUGUCAGCAUGUCAUAAAGCGAGGGCCUGCUGUCUCCUUUUAAAAGAAUGUUAACAUUCCACAUAACUUUUCUGACUUCUUUGUAAAUUGCAAAUAUUUCCUGAAGUACCAAAGUAUAUAAUUGAAGUUGCUGCUUAUUGGUAGCAGAAUUUUUGGAUACUAGGAUUUUAGUAGUCAUGCAAAUUAAGUAAUUCAUUUUUAAUGUCUGACCAAAGGCGGCUUGACUUUUUCCCCCAAAAUACUGCUAAUUGGUUGACAUUCAUGAUGGGGGCAGAUCAGUACCAAAUAGCUAACACUCACUAUGGAUAAUUAUGCAGAGUCCUGAGAGCUCUACCGUACUGACCUGGCAGUGUCCUUUAUGGCUGUGUGACCUUGAGAAGUCCCUUCCUCUGGUUUGUAGGUUCCCCCUUUAGAAACUGAGACCUUAUUUGUGGUUUUCACACUUUAUUUCAGCAGUAGAAUCUUUUUUUCCCAAGUAAAAUCUUACUCAGAACCCAUAUAUACAUGAGCUACAUGCACGCACACACCCUAUACCACUUUAUAAAUUCAUAUUUUAUCAAUAUGAAUUUCUUUAUAUAAACUUCAUAUAUUAUAACACUAAAUAUUAGAAAGUCAAUCAGUGAAAACAGGCAUUAUUAAUGCAUUGGUGAUACCCAGUGUAUAGAAUUUGGUAACACAGUUGUAUGAUGGGAUUUAUUUUUUAAAUUUUUUUUCAAAAAAUGAAAUUAAAUUCAAGUCAAAUUUGCAGAACCCUGACUCUUCUCCAUGGAGCGUUAGUAUUCCAUGGAACAUAUUUUGAAAAUGUUGGGAUAGAUGAUCCCCUGAUACCUUUUUUAGCUCUAAGGUUUUAAAUUGUCCUUUUGGAUUAGACUUGCUAAAUCCAAUUCAGAUUGCCUAAUUUAAGAACAUUUCUGAAAAUGAGCAGAGUUGCUUUACAGGUUCUUGGAUCUUUCUCAGCUAUAGCCAGUAAUUUUAUCCCCCAGAAUCUUUCACCUUUCAAGGAGUUAUUUAACAGUGAGCACAGGAACUUGACAAUGCCCAAACCUUUUUGUCAAUAUGAACUCCAAGAAACUAACUGAUCUACUGUGAAAUAUAAAAUGUUAUUAUUAGCCUUAUCUAAUAAAUGAGCUGUUUUUUGUUCACUCCAUUAAA